AGAAUGUAAUAAAAUUCGACAACAAGAAGAUAUUCAGGCGAAAAGUGUCAUAAUAAAUGAAGUCAUUACAGAGACAAGGAUGCUAUGAACUUCUUCAAAUCACAAAAUUUAUCACUGGGAACAUCAUUGGUCAUCCAUCAUGUCCAUACCUAUUAAAUGAAUCACAGAAGUCCACCAGGAUAAUUAAUAACUGUUUAUCUAAAGUGUCGAUAAGAACAGUGUCCACUGCUUCAAUACAUCACAGAAAAUAUGGGACAGUAUUGCUUUCUCCAAUACAAAGAACAAAAUAUUUUGAUGGACACAGAGCAUUGUUGUUCCAACAAAGCAUGCAAAGUGUAAAGCUGUUUUCAACUGAUACCAUGUGUAAGAAUCAGUCUGAUGUAAAAGAACUGUCAAAAUUUUGGACAAAAAUGUUUGAAGAAGAAGGUGUGUCUGAACCUCAGACAUCUGCAGAGCUUAUUAUUGCUCAUGCUCUUGGAAAGAAAAUGUUGCAUGAAGUCCCACCAGAAUAUACAGUUGACCUUUCUACAAAUUUAGUUAUUCAAGAACUAUGUCAAAGGAGAUUACAAAGGGUACCAGUACAGUACAUCAUUGGAGAAUGGGAUUUCCAUGAUCUUGUUCUAAAGAUGAAGGAACCAGUAUUUAUACCCAGACCAGAAACUGAGGAACUUGCAGAUUUUGUAUGUGACUAUAUAAAAUCCAAUAACCUUCAAAAUGGAAAAUUUUUGGACAUAGGUUGUGGAUCAGGAGCCAUAUCAUUACACAUAUUGAAUUCAUUCAAAACGAUCACUGGGGUAGCAAUAGAUAAACAUCAUCAUGCCUGUGAUUUAACAAAAGAAAAUGCCAGACACCUAGGGCUUAAUAAACGACUAAAUAUACAUCAAAUAAAUAUCUUCCAAAAAGAUACAGUGGAGAAAUUACAGGAAUAUUUACCAUUUGAUGUUGUCAUCAGCAAUCCCCCCUAUAUUCCUACUUUAGAUAUAGAUAAUUUGGAACCUGAGGUAGAGAGAUAUGAGAGCAGAGAUGCUUUAAAUGGUGGUAAAGAUGGACUUGAUGUCGUUAGACAGAUCUUGUACUUGGCUCCACAAUUCCUUUCUGUUGGAGGGCAAAUUUGGUUGGAAGUUUACCUGGAUGAACCAGAAAUGAUCAAGGAAUUGGUAAAAGAAAACAAGUCCAUUAAAUAUCUUACAACAUUGACAGAUUUCACAAAAAGGGACAGAUUUUGUGUUUUACAAGUACAGUGACAGAUUCCAAGAACAGAUGUUGCCAUGAGAAUUUGGUGGUUUAGUAAAAUUUUCAGAAAGAUCUGAUAAUUAUUUUUUCACCUGUUGUUUUGAGAUCAUCAUCACAUCUUCAUUGACAUGUGAAGGAUCAAAAUUGCUGUCGUGUGUCUAGACAUGUGAUGACAUUGUCAAAAUAUUUAUUCUUAGUUUAUCAAGAAUGCCUUUAUUUUAUAUGAUAUAUUUUACUUCUAGUAUAAUUUUUACUUUUCUUUGUUAAUGUGACUUCUUAUUAACUGAGUUUUACAGUG